AUGGCCGCUCGUCAUUCGCGCAAGUUCCUGCGACCUCUGCUCUACACUUCGGCGGCCGCGGCUGCCGGAGCGGGCGUUCUCUACAUCUCCUACCGUCCUCGCAACAUCCCCGGUCUCGAAGCCCCCGCUGUUCCACCCCCUGGCUACCACGAGGGCAAGCUCGUACCGCCCAGCUUCCCUCUGAUUAAGUCUCGCCUGGAGCAGAUCCAGGACCUGAAGCGCAGUAAAGACGAUGAACCCUACGAUCUGCUGGUCAUUGGUGCCGGUGCCACCGGCUCCGGUAUCGCAUUGGAUGCCGCCACACGGGGAUUGAAGGUUGCAGUGGUGGAACGCGAUGACUUCAGUGCCGGAACCAGCAGUAAGAGUACCAAGCUGGUGCACGGUGGUGUACGAUACCUGGAGAAGGCUGUUUGGGAGCUGGAUUAUAACCAGUACAAAUUGGUGAAGGAGGCUCUGCGCGAGCGUCGCUGGUUCUUGAACACCGCGCCUCACCUGUCGCAAUGGUUGCCCAUCAUGGUGCCCUUGCAGAAAUGGUGGCAGGCUCCUUAUUUCUGGGCUGGUUGCAAGGCCUAUGACCUUCUGGCUGGUUCCGAGGGCAUUGAGAGCUCUUACUUCCUGACCAAGUCCAAAGCCAUUGAUUCUUUCCCCAUGCUGAAGCGAGAUAAUGUUGUCGGCGCCAUGGUCUACUAUGACGGUGCUCACAACGAUUCGCGCAUGAACGUUUCGCUAGCCAUGACCGCUGCGCUUUACGGCAGUACCGUGGUGAAUCACAUGGAGGUCACUGGAUUGACCAAGGAUGCGUCGGGCAAGCUGUGCGGUGCUCGUCUGAAGGACGUGAUCCCCAGCAAGGACGGCGAGCAGACUGAGGAGUUCACCAUCCGCGCCAAGGGUAUCAUUAACGCUACCGGUCCCUUCACGGACUCCAUCCGCAAGAUGGAUGAGCCCGAUAUCAAGGAGAUUGUCGCGCCCAGCUCCGGUGUUCACGUCAUUCUGCCCGGCUACUACAGCCCUUCGAACAUGGGGCAACACCAUCGCCGGUACCACCGACGCCCCGACCGAGAUUACCCCCACCCCGAGCCCUCGGAGGCGGACAUCAACUGGAUUUUGAAGGAGAUCCGUGGCUACCUGGCUCCCGAUAUUAAUGUUGAGCGCAGUGAUGUUCUGGCCGCCUGGUCCGGUAUCCGUCCCCUUGUGCGCGACCCCAACAAGUCCAGCUCCCAGGCCCUGGUUCGCAACCACCUGAUAUCCGUUUCACCCUCCGGCCUUUUGACCUGUGCCGGUGGUAAGUGGACUACCUACCGUCAGAUGGCUGAGGAGGCCGUCGACGAGGCCAUUGACGCCUUCAACCUGAAGCCCCGUGAGAUGAACUCCAUGCCGGACAUCAGUGGUGUCGGUGGCAGCGGUCUUGUUGCCGACGGUGCUGUUCUAGACGGUAGCUGCCAGACCCAUCAGGUCCGUCUGAUUGGUGCCCACGGCUACUCCAAGACUCUGUUCAUCAACCUGAUUCAGCACUUCGGCCUUGAGACCGAUGUUGCUCAGCACCUGACUCAGUCCUACGGUGACCGCGCCUGGCAAGUCGCUGCCCUCUCCGGCCCAACCAACGAGCGUUUCCCCGUUCGUGGUCGCCGUAUCUCCGCUCUGUACCCCUUCGUUGACGGCGAGGUCCGUUACGCUGUUCGUCAUGAGUAUGCCCAGACUGCUGUUGAUGUGAUUGCCCGUCGCACGCGUCUCGCCUUCCUGAACGCCGAGGCCGCCUUGGAAGCCCUCCCUAACGUGAUUGACCUGAUGGGCGAGGAGCUGAAUUGGAGCGCCCAGCGCAAGGAUAAUGAGUGGAAGGAGUCGGUUUCCUAUCUGGCUUCCAUGGGUCUCCCCAAGAGCUUCAUGGAGUUAUCCCGACGGGAGGUCCAGAACGGUCGUGUCAAGGACCUUGAUGCCGAGGCUCACAAGAGCUUUGCCCGUACCGAACCCCCUGCCGAUAUUCUUGAGAGUGACACUGUCACCUCCCCGGUGCGGUUGCUGCCUCCGCUGCGCUCCCGAAACGGCAGGAGCGGCUUCUUUUCAUGCCCUGUCGACGUCCUCCGGCAUCCUCGCCAAAUCUCCCACUUUCACACAUCCACCAAUUCCCCCACUACAUUCACAUCUGAUAUCCUCCCUUGUCUCGUCUUUGCGAUGGAGGCGCCAGUCCAGCCUGGAGGUGUUCCCCCGGCCGGGCCUGCUGACCAUGACAAUUUGAAGACAGCGCUUUCCUCACAGGAUCCCCUCGGCGACGAGUGCAAUGCGAUGGUCAAGUACAAGACCAUGAACUGGUAUCAAGCCGGUAUGGUCAUGGUCGCCGAAACGAUCUCUCUCGGGAUCCUGGCACUUCCAAAGGCAUUAUCAACACUCGGUCUAGUCCCAGGCGUGUUUACCAUUGUGUUCGUUGGUCUUAUUUCCUCCUAUACCGGCUAUACUCUCGGACAGUUUAAGAGAAAAUACCCGCAUGUUCAUUCCAUGGCAGAUGCAGGAGGUCUUCUUGCGGGCAAUCUUGGACGUCGUGUCUUGGGAUUCAGUCAGCUGGUUCUCUUCAUCUUCACGAUGGGGAGCCAUAUCUUAACUUACUCGAUCAUGAUGAACGUUCUCGGGGAACACUCUACUUGCACGAUCCUGUAUUCCGCCAUCGGUUUGUUGGUUUCAUACGUAUUGACCCUUCCGCGCCGACUGGAGAGAAUCUCUCGUCUCUCAGCGUUGAGCUUCGUCAGUAUCAUCGGCGCGGUUCUCACCAGCAUGAUUGGAGUGGCUGUUACAAAGACAGCUCAUAGCCAUAUCCCGGUUAUUCCUACGGCUCCGGCAGUCCAUGAUGCGUGUCUUGCGCUUGCCAAUAUCGUUUUUGCAUUUGCAGGGCAUGUCGCAUUUUUCACGCUCUUUUCGGAACUCAAGGAUAUCGAAGACUUUCCAAAGGCAGUGUUGCUGCUGCAAAUCUGCGAGGCCAUUCUGUACACCGUCUCGGCGAUUGUGAUAUAUGUCUAUAUUGUGAUUGGAGGCGUGGUGAACGCCCACGUUGCGGUCAAGUUUCUCUACGUUCGUAUCCUCCGAGGAACCAAUUCCGUGCACCAUCGAUCACUUCGAGCUCGGGCAGCAUGGGUCGGCAUCAGUUUGGUUCUCUGGAUUACAUCGUGGCUUAUUGCAGAGGGAAUCCCCGUUUUCAAUGACGUGCUGGGCUUUGCGAGCUCUCUAUUCGGCACUUGGUUUACCUUCGGACUUCCGGGACUCUUCUGGCUUUACUUGGAACGACAAUUCCACACGCUGAAGCGGAGACAGUGGAUUCAACAUUGUUUCAACGUCUUCCUUGUGGCCCUAGCAGGUCUCCUUUGCGUGGUCGGCAUGUAUGCGUCCAUUCGGUCCAUUAUUCGAAACCUCCAUGAAGGGAUUGGCGGGGGUAGCUUCUCGUGCGUGGACAACUCGAUCUAUUGA